CCUAACUACUUAGGAAUGCGCCUGGGUCCAGAUGUAAAUCACUGCCCUGUCAAUGAUAAGCUAAACCUAUAAGCAAGCUGAUUUCUUCACUGAUGUUCGCCAUUCCUAUGCUUUUAGAAAACAUAUAUAUACUGGUCACCAACUCAAAUAAAAUUACACUCAGAUUUUCACUCUUGAAGUGUGUCUGUUUGUCAUUUCUUUAACCGAAUCCCUGACCACCCUGCGCAGUCUCUCAACCCUGAGACGGCCUCAUCGUCUACUGCUGUGCUGGUCCGCGGCAGGUGGCGCCUGAACGUGGGGCCCGAAUUCAAAUAUUGCUGAGUUUUUCCACCCAAAGGAGAGAGCUAACCUUUUGUGUGGCUUUGAGUACAAUUCUUCCAGGGAGUAACAUAGAGCUAAACUAAAAUGUGGAGAAACUACUGCUUUGUUCGUAGGGUUCCAGAGACCUCUGAAAAUGAUGAGGAAGCUUGCCUCCAUUGGCAGGACUGAAUAACCCGGUUCCCUGGACAGAAAGCUCUGUCAUGAAGCCUGAACUCUUUCGUCUUUUCACUGCCUUUGAUGAUGUACACUUCAAACAACCUGGACAGGACACCGCUAAGAUCCCAGUGCGUGCCUGCGUUGGAUACCCCUUUGCUCUGCUCCUGGGAAAUGCUUCAUCCACACGUAUCCAAUCCCGUGGGAACUCUUAUUCUGUCCAAUGUUCCGGUUGUGUGGUUACUAAUUGUAUUACCCCCUCUCUUGCUCGUCUAUAUCCUGUGGUGGUCUUGCUCAAAAGACCCCCCUAUGUUAUGUUACCUGUUGAUUUACAUGAUAUGCCUUGGUAUGAUAAUACUGCCAUGCAAAUCUUGGAUGAGGUGCAUGCUCUUCUUCGUCCUAAACGUUUUAUUGUUGCUCUUAUUCUUGGUAUUGCUGCAUUAAUUUCCUUAGUUACCUCUUUAGCUGCUUCCUCUGUUGCUUUAAUUCAGGAAGCUAAGACAGCUUCUUUUGUGAAUGACCUUACCAAAAAUGUGUCCAUGGCGCUCUCUACACAGCGGGACAUUGACUACAAGUUGGAAAAAAGUUAA